AUAAGAAAAAAUAUUUUUGCGUAAAAUUUGGCAAAAUAUUUUUCAGCCCAAUGUGAAUGACCUGAUACUAUGGUAGGGUACUGAGCUAACAAUUCACUCCUCAUAUAACAGAAUUCUCCUCCAUUCCCAACGUAAAUUCCAUACCAGAGCGAAAAUAGGGUUUGUCCCUGCGUGAGUUGCAUGAAUUCAUUUGGCUUCUGUAAACUGGAUUCUUAUUUGCCCAUAUAGCUUUAGCUUUUGGACGAAUCCCGGGCGUUCUCUUUCAAAACUGCAAAAUCCCCAACCCAGAGCCCGACCUGUGAGCACCCCAUAUUUAUGUUUAUGAAUUGUGGAAGACAGAAUGGGACUUUCAUCGGCUGAUACUGCCACUGAAGCCAUACAACUUUGCAUAUUUGAUUUAAGACGGGGACAACAAGAAGGACAGGAGCUAGACAAGAUAUUGUUUUUCUUUCCUGCUGAUUUUCCCUUUUCAAGACAGCUUUCCGUAAUAGGGCUAAGUGAAGGACUUAUCACGUUUACAAGAAUAUUUUCUCCAGAGGUUGCUUGUGAGGUCAUAGAAGCAGAUAGGCACACUCAUGUAUUUUAUGAGGCAGAACCCGAUAUCUGGAUGGUUAUGAUAGUGGAGAAAAAUGAGUCAGAAGCUAUAUGGCGGGUUGAUGCAUUACAAAAAGUUCUCAAAGAAAUUCACUCUCUUUUUCUAAUGUUUCAUGGAUCCAUAAGAGCAUUGCUUGAGAAAGAACCUGCUGGCGGAUUAAUUCGAUCCCAUUUGUACCCUUUCAUCAUUGAUUAUCUAAGAGCAUGUCAAAAGCGGUCUCCAUUGGAUAAUUGCUGCUGCGAUUUUCUUUUUGGCAAGAAACUCCUGUUACCGUCAUUCCGUGACUGUUUAAAGGAGCGUGGAACUGUGCAGAUGUUAACUGUAAGUCGGGAGGCUGCAAUUGAAGUUCAGUCACUUGUCAGGCUGCUAGAAGGUUCUGCGGGAAACAAACCAUGUUACUCGCUGAUUUUAUUUCAGGACCUGCUAGUUUCCACUACACUUUCUCCUGUUGACACCAUAAGCUUAUUUACAUAUGCUGUUCUAAGGUUGACUCCGCAUGCUCUUUCCUCUGGAGUAAGUUCUUGGUCCUAUUUACGCAAAGGAAAUACAGCAUCUCACGUUGCCACUGGCUCUACAUUGACCCACUCAGCUUCUGUUUUAGAACAAAUUUAUGGUUCUUGGGAUACCUCCCAUGGUGGAGAUGACAGCUAUCAUGUUGCAAGACCCUUACAGCAAGACAGGUGGUCCAAAGGCAAUGAUGGUUUUCUUGUGACUGACUUAUGGGGUGCAGAGAAUGGUAGUUCAACUCCUGCUGCUCCAACCAUUUGGCUCCAGCAGACACAGGAGAAAAUGUAUCUCAGUGCUUACCAGUAUAGGAGUCUUACCUUAAUCCUUCUUGUUCCUGUUGCCUCUCUUAAUGGGGAGCAAGGUGUUUCUUUGGUGAAGCAGCAAGUUCAUGAAAAUGCAUCACUGAAGAUGUUGAAAGUUGAAGAGAUACUCUCAAAAGGAUGGGGUGGUGAGAAUGCCUAUCAUGUCAGUGGGUAUCGUUAUCUGCUAGUGGAUGGUGACAGAAGUGUAUCCAGAUCUUCUCCACCAGGAAAGGUUACAACCCUAACAAAGGAAUCUUUGCUUGUCUUAAGUAAGGUUAGAGAAGAGGUUGAUUUGGAAAAAGGUCAAAUGGUAGGGGAUAAUGCAGGUCUUGAGAAAGAUUUGGAAAUAUGCAUUAGAGCUAAAAAUAACGCCUGGGUUAUUGCUCGGAUUACAAAAGGGAAAGAGGUUUAUAUGGUUCUAGAGAGAGCCAAUGAAACACUGCUUUAUGCCUCUGAGGCAGUCGAGAAGUUCAGCAACAGGUAUUGCAAUGGAGCAUUUUCUUUGGAUUAGGGUAAAAUCCUUAUAGUUUCUAAUGCCCAAAAGAAAAAACUAGCAGUGCAUGAAGAUGGUCAGCAUUCUGUUAUUUACCCACCUCUUUCUUCCCUGACACGGGCAUACUUUUGCUGUAUAAUUCUCUGAGGUCGAAAAAGUCUUUAGAAAAGAAAAACAGUCAGUUGCAUGUAUCUCCUGAUAUAUUUUUGCACUACGUUUUUUCUCUUCCUUUUUUCUUAGGAGGAAAAAAAUGCCUGCAGUGUUAAGAUUAAA